GUUAAGAUUGAGGUAUUAAAUAUUUCUAGAGAAAACAUCACAUAUUCACCUAUAUUUUAUAUGCAUAUUUCAUUCAAUGACAGCUGGCGGCAAGUUUUCUCUUUGACGGAGAGAGCGAGCGGCAAGAGAAGAUGAAGAGGGUCUACUCAACAAUAUAAAACAACCAUGCUUUAGAUUUCACUCAAGGAAGUGGUAUUUUCCUGAAGAUAAAUAUUUGAAACAUUUUUUCGAAAGAUACUUGAAUAGAAAUUCGUAUGAAUGCUAUGAAGACGAAUACAUAUAUUUAGUGGUGCUAUUGCUAAUCAAUCACUGGAAAGAGUCCUUGUGGCAGCAGCACUCAAGACACUUCUGAGAUAAGAAGAAGUGUAAAAUCUCGUGUUGGCAUAUUAUCCCGACAGCAUGGAUGGGAACUCCUUUUGGGUUGAAGAAGUCAAGGAUCAGUUACCUGUUUCUUUGAAAAGAAAGAGAAAUGUCAGGAUCAAGAAACUAGAGUUUGUUGGAUGGGGAUCCAAACCAUUGAUUGAAUUCCUUCAAUCAAUUGGUAAAGAUACAAGCAGAUCGUACUCUCAACAAGAGGUGUCGGCGAUUGUCACUGAAUAUGUAAAUUCGAAUGGUCUUCUUAAUCCACAAAAGAAAAAGAGGGUUAUGUGUGACGCACGACUUCAUUCCCUUUUCGGAAAGAAAGUUAUACCGCGGUUAAAAAUCUAUGAUUUGUUGGAAGUGCACUUCAGUGAGAACCAUGGUGAAUCAGAGGAUGAAUCUUCUAACAGUUCGCAAGAGGAGGAUGUUUUAAUAGCAUCUAAGGGAAGAAAAAGUACAGGGAGUCCAAAGAAAAAGGUUCCUGUUGUUCCUAAAAGCUGUUUUGCAGCUGUUAUUGCUGAAAACAUUAAACUUGUGUACUUGAAGAGGAGCUUAGUUCAGGAUCUUCUGAAGACCCCUGAAAGUUUCGAAGAUAAAAUUGUGGGUAGCUUUGUGAGGGUAAAAUCUGACCCAAACGAUUACUUUCAGAAAAACUCCCACCAGCUUCAGCAAGUUGAAGGUGUAAAAAAGGUUAUGUCAGCCAGUGACGCAGCUUUUGAAAUUCACCUUCAACUUUCAAAUUUGAUGAAAGACAUUCCAAUAUCAUCCUUAUCUGAUGAUAAUUUUUAUGAGGAAGAAUGUGAGGAUUUGCGUGAAAGAAUAAAAGCUGGUUUGCUCAAGAGGCCUACUGUUUUGGAGCUUGAGUCAAAAGCGCAAGUUCUGCACAAGGAUAUCACUAAGCAUUGGAUUGAGAGAGAAGUUGUGUUGUUACAGAAGCACAUUGAUCAUGCCAAUGAAAAGGGAUGGCGCAAACAACUGUUUGAGUUUCUGGAGAGGAAGCAGCUGCUACACACAAAAAAAGAACAGGAUAGACUCUUUUCCGUGAUGCCAAACGUUGUAGCUGAGGAAUUAGAGGCUGAAGUUAAAACUGUUGAUGCCCUAGAAGAAAAUGUAGUGGAGCAAGAAAGAGAAAAUGGUUGUUCACCAAAGUCAACUGCUAAUGGAGCUACUGACAUUUCUGGUGCAGGAGAUACCAUGAUCCCAUCUAAUAGGAUUUUCGUAAAUGGAGAUGCAUUCACUGCUGAUGAAAAUGGAGAUAUCAUGGUCCCAUCCGAUAGGAGGUUUGUAAGUGGAGAUGCAUCCAUUGCUAAUGGAAAUGAUCAACAAGCAGACAUGAUUCAAGAACAAAGAGAUUCUACCAUUUCUGCAAGAGUUGAAAGAGGUGAAGAAAUGCAGGUCGUGGCCUCUGGAGAAGAUAUCGUCACACAUCAAGUACAGGUCCAGGCAGUUCAAACUGAGGUAAUUGAAUUGAGCGAUGAUGAUCCAGAUGUUGAGGACCAAAGAUAUGGAAAUCAGUCUACUGAUGUGAUGAACCCUGAUGUCGCAAUUUGGCACUAUGUGGAUCCUCGUGGUAUCAUACAAGGUCCUUUUUCUUUGGCAUUGUUGAAAUACUGGAGUGAUGCUGGUUACUACUUCGGGCCUGGCUUCAGUGUGUGGAAGGUUGUUGACCAAACCCCACAAGAAGCUGUCUUGUUGGUUGAUUUGCUUCGCCAUUUUUUCCCCAUCCAAUGAAGCAUCACAUGUCGUGUUCUAACACCAGUUCUAGGUUGGCAAUCUCUGAACUUCCGCAAAAAGUUGUUUCAGAGUU